AUGAUUAAAACAACUUUCCUCACUGCUAUUCAUGCCAGUGUCAACUACCUCAAUGGUUCGAUGGACCCUGACAAUCAGCAGGCUCGCGAGCACAGUUUCGGUGGCCAAAUUAAGCAACCUCAGGACUUACCCCUUCAUGCUCCAAUACCGCGUUAUCCUCCAUCGACUCUUUCCAUUAAUGUCGGAGAUCUGGAAAACUCCUUACCUGACCUACCCAUCCAACCUACUCUCGUUCUUUCAAACGAGUCGAGUGCAAUAGAAAUGUCUGGUCCUCAUGACAGCACAACUUUUUUUCAAGACAACCUGCCUGUCCCGGCGUUGUCCGUCGAAUCGACUCUAUCCAUUAACAUCGGAGAUCUGGAACACCCCUUACCUAACCUACCCACCCAACCAACUCUCGCUCAUUUCACCGAAUCGAGUGCGAUGGAAAUGUACGGUCCUCAUAACAGCACGACUUGCGGUCAAGACGAUCUGCCUAUCCCGCCAUUGUCCGUGACUUCUUUCCUUGAUGUCGGAGAUCUGGGAUAUCCCUUACCUGACCUAUCCAUCCCACCAACUCUCGCUCUUUCCGACGAGUCGGAUCCAGUAGGGAAGUCUGGUCUUAACGAUAGCUCAAAUUUCUGUCAAGACAAUCUGUCUAACCCAGCACUGUCUAUCGCUAACCUACCCACUCAACCAACUCUCGCUCUUUUCACCGAAUCGAGUGCGAUAGAAAUGUACGGUCCUCAUAACAGCACGACUUACGGUCAAGACGAUCUACCUAUCCUGCCAUUGUCCGUGGCUUCUUUCCUUGAUGUCGGAGAUCUGGGAUAUCCCUUACCUGACCUAUCCAUCCCACCAACUCUCGCUCUUUCCGACGAGUCGGAUCCAGUAGGGAAGUCUGGUCCUAACGAUAGCUCAAAUUUCUGUCAAGACAAUCUGUCUAACCCAGCACUGUCUAUCGCUAACCUACCCACUCAACCAACUCUCCCUCAUUUCACCGAAUCGAGUGCGAUAGAAAUGUACGGUCCUCAUAACAGCACGACUUACGGUCAAGACGAUCUACCUAUCCCGCCAUUGUCCGUGGCUUCUUUCCUUGAUGUCGGAGAUCUGGGAUAUCCCUUACCUGACCUAUCCAUCCCACCAACUCUCGCUCUUUCCGACGAGUCGGGUCCAGUAGGGAAGUCUGGUCUUAACGAUAGCUCAAAUUUCUGUCAAGACAAUUUGUCUAACCCAGCACUGUCCAUCGCUAACCUACCCACUCAACCAACUCUCCCUCAUUUCACCAAAUCGAGUGCGAUAGAAAUGUACGGUCCUCAUAACAGCACGACUUGCGGUCAAGACGAUCUGCCUAUCCUGCCAUUGUCCGUGACUUCUUUCCUUGAUGUCGGAGAUCUGGGAUAUCCCUUACCUGACCUAUCCAUCCCACCAACUCUCGCUCUUUCCGACGAGUCGGAUCCAGUAGGGAACUCUGGUCCUAACGAUAGCUCAAAUUUCUGUCGAGACAAUCUGUCUAACCCAGCACUGUCUAUCGAACCUCCGGUUUCUCAGGCGAUAACCCGUCAUGAAACAAACAAGCACUACCUCGAAUCUUUGGAACAGUACAUCUUGUUCCUCCAUGCGCAGAUGUCAUACAUCGGUGCUCAGCCUGUGCCAAUUGAUCGCUUCUCCACAAAUAUAGGGCUGCGCACUCGUUCUAUCAGGACUUUGCUUGUGUACAUGGAGAAUGUGAUGGCUGAAGUCAGUAAUCAAGUUCAAACUCAGGAGCAAAGGUUUCGUGCACUUCAGAAUCUAUCUUGA